AUGGCAGUGAACGUUCCGCGCGUUGUCUUUCUCUGCUGUGGUAUGUUCGCGAUUGCUCACAGUCUGGCCAGUGAGGAAGCGACGACUGCAGGGGUUGUGCCUGUCACGCCAGAGCGGCAGAUGAGCGAUGAAUCUGGAGGUGCGACCUUUCUGAACAAUUGGUACUGUAGCGGCGCAGUGAUCAAUUUCGGGUAUCACGCCACUGCAGCGUCUUGCGAGGCUCAGAUCUUUGACAACCCCUCAUGCGGCUCCGAUGUCAUGCAGUCCACUUACCCGUCCUGGGGUUGGGGGUGCAGAUGCUGUGCUCCUGGCGCGGGCAAUGACCACUACGACACAAAUUCGAAGAGGUACCAGAAAGCCGAUUACCUCCUCGUGGGCAGCUACGGGUGCGCUUCGCAGACUAAAGAUUUCGGCUACACAAGCAGCGCGGACGAGUGCUACGCCGCAACCGCUGGUGACUCAGCAUGCGGUCUUGGCUUCAUGUUCAGCCCGACUUAUCCAAGCUGGGGGUGCAGAUGCUGUACCAAUCACAAUCCGGGAGGGGCGAACAGCAAUUGGAGGUUGUACAGAUUGCCUCUGGCCCCGACCCCUUCGCCAACAUCGUGCCCCACACCUCGCCCAGCGCCCAAUCCCACGCCCUGCCCGACGCCCUUCCCGAUGUGGAGGUGGAGGCGGGACGAAGGAAAACGUCGCAUUCUAUUCUCAGCACUUCCUUGGCGUGGCGUUUAG